AUGCCUAUGAACCUCGAAGGAAGCUGCCAAUGCGGCGGCGUUGAAUUUACCCUCCAGUCCCCAACACCAGUUCCCUACCAGCUAUGCGCUUGCAGCAUCUGCCGCAAAGUAGGCGGAUACCUCGGGGCUGUGAACCUAGGUGGCAUCGCUGAUAGCCUGAAUAUCAUCAAGGGCAAAGAUCUCAUCAAGAAAUACUCUGCCAUCAAAGACCGCGGCACACCAGAUGAAGAGCUUUGCGCUUCCGAGCGGAACUUCUGCUCUAACUGCAGUACCAUGCUGUGGCUUUGGGACCACCACUGGCCUGAACUGAUUCAUCCGUUUGCCUCCGCAAUCGAUACGGAAUUGCCGGUGCCCGACGAGAUGGUGUGUAUCAUGGAUGGAUCGAAGCCGGCGUGGGCGCGGUGGCCGGAGGGAAAGAAGAGUGUGCACAAGGAGUAUGGUGAGGAUAGUCUUGAGGGAUGGCACAAGAAGCAUGGUUUGUUUGUCGAGUAG